AAAUGAAAAGCCUUUCUUAUUUUUAUGCAACCAACACCAUUGGCAGUUUUUACUGUCUGUGGACAGUGUACUGUACUAGAGGGGAAAAGAACAUGGCCAAGGAAAUGGUUCAGCACACUGGCCGUUGCUCAAAGGAAGUGAAACCCUUCAAUGGGCACAGAUAACUGCUCUUGGUCAUUACUGGCUCUUCACACUGUUUCUGCCUCAUGAGAGAACACAAAGGUGCAGCAGGAUUUACUGCUGACUGAGCUAAAUACCCAGAGAUGGGAUUUGGGGAGGACCUGCGCUGUCCACAGGCACAUGCAGCAGUCAUGCGACUGCUGGACUCAGAGCUUCACUUGAUGGAGGUCAUGAACAAGUGGAUGGGUCAGCGGGCAAAGAGCGAGCGGGAGUUUUCGGUGCAGCUGCACAACAUGGCUGCCAUGGUGGAGAAACAGGAGCGACCUCAGCUUGGAGCAGGACAGGACCACAUCAGCCAGCUCAACAAGUCAUGGGGAGUGCUGGUCUCUCAGACAGACUUUCUCAGUCAGGUGAUGAAGAAGCGCUCUGAGGAUCUGCUGGACGGACCCAUCAGCAAACUGACUCUGCUCAUCAGAGACAAACAGCAGCUCCGCAAAACCUACGCAGAGCAGUGGAACCUACUGAGGCAGGAGCUCAGCAAGGUGACAAAAAUAGAGCUGGAGAGACUGAAGAGCAGCUAUAGACAGGCAGUGAGAGAUGCAGCUCAGGCUAAGAGGAAGCACCAGGAGGCCAAUAAAGACAAAGAGCGAGACAAGGCUAAAGGGCGCUACGUAAAAGCUUUGCUGAGACUUCACGAGCAACAUAAUGAGUAUGUCCUGUCUGUGCGAGCCGCUCAAGUUUACCAUCAGCACCACUACAGUCAGAUCCAGCCCGCCCUGCUCAGCGCACUGCAGAAUCUGCAGCAGGAGAUGGUGCUCAUACUAAAGGAGAUCCUGCAGGAGUAUUUUGACAUCUCCACUCUCCUCCACCAUGAAGUGGUGCGGAUCCACAGGGAGAUGGCUUCUGCUCUCACGGCCAUCGACCCGCACAGAGAAUACGACAGCUUCGUUCACCAGAACAGGUCUGUGAAGGAGAUUCCUGCUUGUGCAGAGUUUGAUUGUAGCCUGCUGGAGGACACGGAGAAGCUGAACCCCAAAGAGAUUGAACUGAACGACCUCACGCUUGAGACAAUCCAGCACAAACUCACUGCGGUCGAAGAGGAGCUGCUGGACCUGGCUCGGACUCUGGCCUCCCAGCAGGCCGCUGUCGAACAGCUGGAGCUGGAGCUGGAGGCGGAGCAGGAUGGUGUCAAAAAGGGCCAGAGGGUCUACCAGUUUAGCAAGAGACAUGCACUGGAGCAGUGCCGGCAGCAGGUUGUUCUGUCUCAAGGCACGAGAGCCAAGCUGGAGGCUCAGAGACUCAUUCUGAAAGAGAAACUGGACCAGCUGGGCUCCAAAGAUCCUCCUUCUGCCCUCAAACUGGACCCAGACACCAUUUCACUUUCAUCAACCUCAAGCCAUGAACACCGCCAAACUCCUUCCAAACUCAUGGAUGGGAUCAUUAACAAUCUGAGUGGCCUGUUUAAAUCAAAAUGUGAGGUGCUUCCAGUCCUCAACCUGCCGCAGGAUGUGGAACGUCCUCUGGGGCAGCAGGACUGGUACCACGGAGCCAUUCCUAGACUGGAGGUCCUGCAGCUGCUGAAGAGUGAUGGGGACUUCUUGGUGAGGCAGAGUCAAGAGAAACAGGGUUAUGUGCUCUCUGUGUGGUGGGAUGGGUCCUGCAAGCAUUUCCUGAUUCAGAACACAGAUAAUCUGUACCGUCUGGAUGGACAAGGCUUCCACAGCAUCCCACUGCUGAUCCAUCAUCUGAUGGCCUCACAACAACACGUUACCAAGAGGGGUGGCGUGGUGCUGAUGAAACCUGUAGUGAGGGACAAGUGGGUCCUGGAACACGAUGAUGUUAUCUUGGGACAGCUCAUUGGACGGGGGAACUUUGGAGAAGUGUACAGUGGUUGUUUACGCUCUGAUAACGCUGACGUCGCUGUGAAGACCUGUAAAGAGAAUCUGGCCCCAGAGCACAAGAGUAAGUUCCUGAUGGAGGCCAGGAUCCUGAAACAGUACGACCAUCCUAAUAUUGUGAAGCUGAUCGGAGUGUGUACACAGAAACAGCCCAUCUACAUCGUCAUGGAGCUUAUUCAAGGUGGUGAUUUUCUCUCCUUCUUGCGGCAUGAGAGUCACAAUAUGAAUCCUAAGAUGUUGGUCAAGAUGACAGAAAAUGUAGCAGCUGGGAUGGAGUAUCUGGAGAGCAAGAAGUGUAUCCACAGGGACCUGGCAGCAAGAAACUGUCUGGUUGCAGAGCACAAUGUGGUGAAGAUCAGUGACUUUGGGAUGUCCCGUCAGCAAGAUGAUGGCGUCUACUCUGCUGAGGGCGGCCUCAGACAGAUCCCUGUCAAAUGGACGGCUCCCGAAGCCCUGAACUACGGUCGUUACACCACAGAGAGCGAUGUCUGGAGCUUCGGGGUCCUGCUGUGGGAGGCUUUCUCCAUGGGAAUGACGCCCUACACGACCAUGACCAACCAACAGACACGGGACGAAGUGGAGAGAGGGUACCGCAUGCCGGCUCCCCGCAGCUGCCCCGUGGAGAUCUCCAGGCUUAUGAGCAGCUGCUGGCAGUACGAUGCCAAAAACAGACCGGCCUUCAAGAAGCUUCACGCGGAGCUCACUGCCAUACGCAACAAAAUGACAUAAUGAAAGUUUGCAAUGAUUUUUUUUUUGUAGUUGUUCUCAGGUUCAUCGGUUCUUGUUUUUUCCAUCACGAAGGUGUUGAAACCAAUGUCUGUCUCAGAGACACCACAUUGAUGUGUUGAACUGACACAACCUCUUCAGGAGAGGCUGCCAACACAUUCAGACAAGAUGUUAGUUUUUAGUUUUAGUCGACACAGUCUAGUGGGCCAACUGUGUAUGGUGUGUAGGGCACUUUCAUGAUUACCUCCGCCAAGGAGGUUAUAUUUUAGCAUCUGUCCAUUUGUUUGUUUGAUUGUCAGAAGGAUUAUUAUUGGAAGGAUGGGACAUGGUCCAAGAAAUGACCCAUUCAAAUUUGGCGGAUCCAGGAAUUUUUUUAAUACUUUAUUUAACUUUUCUUGUUGUUGUUGUUGUUGUUGACAUUUUCACUAAUUUCCCAGGCAAUAGUGCAUGGAUCUUGAUGGAAAAAAACCCAGGUAUAUUUAAGGGGACUGGUAUCUAUGAGUGUGUGCAAUUUGAUAGGGCUUGAUUCAAUUUAAGGGGACUGUUGGGUCUCAGCGAUGGUGUGCGCUCCGAGUUCAAAGCACAGCAGAGACUGAGACGGGUAAUUCGACUGAUGAAACCCCAGUCAUUUUUGACAGUAUAGUUGUAUUUUCAAUUUGUGCAUAAAGCACCUAUGGGGACACGUCGUAAAUUAAAAUAAAAAUGUUUUAAACUUAGGAGAGCCAGAAAUGCUGGUGUAUUGAUAAGAGUUAAAUGCGACAAAGAAUAAUAGAAACAGGUUCAAUGAAUAAAUGACAGAAAUCAAAUUUUUCAUUUAUCAUCAACUCUUCUGACAGUGUGUUGUCAUAGCCGCACAAGCAGGUUUUUUUUCUCCUCCGUCUUUGUGUGUGUACAAACUCAACAAUGCAAGGACAUAUUUUCUACAAUCUUUGUGACAAUAUUACUUCUUAAGAUGAUUAACUUUAGGAGCUCAAGGUCAAGGUCAACAAAAAUAUGCUCCUGAAAUAUCUCACAUUUUCCAAGAUACGUCUGCAAAGAAUAGGGCUAUAGCCCUUUUAUUCAUCAGAGAAUUAUUCCCCAUCAUAUGAUGUUUGUUGAGUAUGGUAUAGGUAAGGGCCUGAGGGUACUUCGCCACUAAGCUUCCUUCAUUCAACCCUUCAGUCACAUCAAGUCUGUGUUUGUGUGUCAAAGCCAUAAACCUUUUUAAAAAUGGUCUUGAGGGUAGUUUAAACUUAAAAUGCUUUAAAUGCUUAAAAUGUUUCCAUGUGGAGGAAUAAAAAACAAUAAUGUAAGCCUGGCAUAUGUUGCAGUAAAUUUAAGGAGGCAG